AUGGUUCACUCCGAAGUCGGGAUCCCGCAGGACGGACGUCCAUUGCUCAAUUCCACAUUGAAGCAUCUCAACCCAUCCGUUCGAGAGAGUUGGCAGAUGAUGACGGCUCCGUGCGCAAAGGACAUGAACGCCUUUUUUGCAGACCUUUUAUCUCAUUGUGUCUCGAAGCAUCCACGGGAAAGCGUCCGUUGCAUGGAUCAAGUCUCGCAGGUAUUUGACGGACGACACAGUGACCUCGCAACCCCUAUCGAACAACACAGACGUCACGAAAGGUAUGAUGACCAACUGUCGUCUUGGUUUGUGCCAUUGGCAACCUCCUCACAGUCGAAAUCAAAAAUGUUGUGGGCUGGCUUCUGGGAUGGAGAAGAUGCCGAGGACGGCCGCACGACUGAAAAGGCGCUGUUUAAUUUUGCCAAGCUUGUGGACCAUGAAACCGUGCACCCAGAUACUAUUCUGGGAAGGCUCGUGGACAAAUACCACGUUUUCCGAUCUUGUGAUGGAGACCCUGGCGCAUGGCGGAAAUCGGAAUUUGGCGGCGCCGCUUCAACUGGCGGCCCUUUGCCCCAUUUUUGGAGGGCGGCCAGUGAGGCUUUCGUUUGGGCUAUGGCAAAGGCAAAUCAGCAGUCCAUCCCCGUUAUGCUCAACAAAGACAUGUAUUUUUAUAACCCUCGCAACCUCUGGCUAUCGGUUUUUUGGCAGUUUGAGAUUCCCGCGAUUGUCAACUCGCAUCCCUACGGGCAUUGGUGCCCGAAAAUAGUCUUGGUUGACUUGCGUGGCAAGUGUGGGAAGCUGAGGAGCCUGAUACGGACAAAGCUUGACGGGGUGCUCCCACCGGGGUAUCCCGACAGAAGAUUUUGCGGCGACGUCGUGUGCCUACCCUGCGGUCCGGGAUGCAAAUUGGACAAGGAGUUCGCGAAUGUUCUGAAAACGCUGCUAUUCACCCCAGGGUCAUCGACUGAGGGAAGUGAGCUAUUAGGAGGAAGGUAG